AACCUUUUUACGGCGCCCGAGUCACGGUUUACUCACUUUGUUAUGUGGUCUUAAAACAGUUGGACGUUUUCCUCGUCUAUUUCAUAUUUUGCUUAAGAACUGUAUACGGUAAGCUGUCCAAAUUGCAAACGUGAAUAAAGAUGGGGUUCAGAUAUACCUUAUGUUUUUUAACGAUUGCAUCAGUGCAUGCUAUAAAUCAGUAUCAAAAUAAUCAAUAUCAAAAUAAUUAUGCUAACUUUGCAAGAAAUCAAGCAUAUCAGCGAUCACAAAUCCCACAAAUAGCGAUGCCCAAUAUCCCCCCUUUAAUUUUCCCUAACUUCGCCCCCAUGCCUCCGUUUUCCCCUCAAGACCUUAUCAAUAGACAGCUCGGACCAGGUUCAAAUUAUAACGGAGUGGCUAUAUCAUCAUCGAGUUCGUCAAAAACGGAUCAAUACGGGAAUAUUGUAUCGACAGGUGGGACGAAAAUUAUCACCAAUGAUAAUGGACUUGUUAAGGAAUAUAACUAUGGCGAUGCUCCCAAUACUAACAUUAUAUACUCAUCGUUUUCUCAACCUCGAUUACAAAAGCCAUUCGCUCCUAUACCUCCAAUCAAGCCGGUGAACCCUGAAAUCAUAUCGAGGUUUAAGCCCGGUCAAAACGAGGAGUUCCAGGGGAGGUCUAUCAUGACUUCUUACCACGAAAGCAACAUCAAUGGUGCUAAAACAGGCGGCGGUAUUGCCACCAUUAUCGACAAUGAUAACGGAAGAGUUCAACAAAAAACAUACAAAUAUGGAGACUUAAAAGACGAUUAUGAUGUAUGAGGUUUAUAUAUAAUAUUUUAUGUAACGAUUAUAACAUUGAAUUAUUGUGUAAGCUCUCUGUGUGUGUAAUUUUGUUCCCUAUAUUGUAUUUUUUUUACUUUUAUAAUAAAGGGCGUUAUUAUAAUUUGUUA